AUGCAUCUCCGGUGGGCCUCUCUUCCCUUUUUCGCCGCCGUCGUCGUCCUGGCCGCCUCAGGAAACCAGACCGUGAAACGGAUAGGCGCCGGUGAUAUUCCGUUCGAUCAACAGACAUACGACUUCUCCCCCGAGAACCGGUGUGCGCUGCUUUCCCACCAGAGCACCGUGUUGAAGAAUGAUGAUCACCAUCUUUUGGUAAUUGAGGGUGGGAUGAGUAAAUUCAAGUUUAUCUGGAAAGCAGAGGUUGUUGAGGUGCUCGAUUUAAAUCCAUACACUUUUUCCAUCGAUCUCACGCAAGAAUUCGACCCCUACACAUGGACACCCUCCUUCCAGACCCGCAAACCACUCAAGGUCCCCGUCGUCAACCGCUUCGGCAUGUGGGUCGAUAGCAGCCAGGACGUGAUCUACAUCCAGGGCGGGCACUUCUAUACGGCCUCAAAAUGGAACGAGAGCAGCUACUCCCCCGAAAAAGCGGACAUCCCGGACUGGUCAUUGUGGCGGUUCGAUGUCCGCAGCGGGAAGCGGGCGUGGGAAGACGUGACUGGCGAUUAUGGGUGGAAGGUCGAGAGAGCGCUGGCGGGUGCCGUAGUGUCAAUACCGAAAUAUGACUUGAGCUUCUAUGGUGGUGGUAUAACGAAUUCCCGGACGUCGAGCGAGACACCGAUGGGCUUGUCGAGACCGCAGGUGGGGAUGUUGGUGUAUGAUCAUACUACCUCGACCAUGACUAACGAGACCUUCUUUGGUGACGAGGAGGGCUAUGGGUAUUGGAAUGGACGAAUGCUCCAUUUACCAAUUGGCUGCGGAAAAGGCUAUCUCAUAUCGUUUGUUCCCGAGAGGGCUCGGGCAGGAACGUUUCUGUCCGACGAUGGUAGUGUCGGUGAGAAGACAGGUGAGGCUGUCGUGUUCAACUACGCCAUGAUUUAUGAUCUGGAUAAAAAGAUAUGGUUUAAUCAAAGCACGACGUUCUUUGAUGGCGAAAAACCAAUCGUUCGCACUCGAUUCUGCGGCGCCGUAGUUUAUGGUGAGGAAACAAAUACGUGGGAAGUUUGGAUCCACGGCGGCAUGUCAAUGGACGGUGAAUCGGGGGGUAUUGACGAGAUCUGGACCAAGGUGCCCAUCCCAUUCGGAAACUCUCAUCUUCGAGGCCAUACAUGCCAUGCAGUCGGGGAACAACUCCUCAUCGUAGGAGGCUACCCACCGGGAGAGGUCGUUGACGAAGCUGCCCCAUGCGAUAACCAGCUCGUAAAAGUGUUCAACAUGCGAAAUCCCGGGUGGAAAUCUCGAUAUGAACUCAACACCGUCUACAAAACGCCACAGCAGGUGAUCGUCAACGCCGGGCUCAACCUCACCGGCAACCGCUCGCCGCGCAAGGGCUGGGCCGACAAAGGCUUUGGGGCGGCUUUCGACGCGUGUGUUUCAAAUAGUAGUACUGUUGAAGUCGAGCCGGCUCUGGAAACAGGCGCUGUAGCGGCGAUCGUGUUUACACAUAUAUUACGGCUUGCUUGA